AUGCACAAAAUCAAUCUACGGCCAAGGAGGAAUCCGCUGCGGUCGCUGGGGCGCACUGCACAAUCCCACUGGAAGUUGAUUCUGGCUAUCGUGUCAUUGAUGUUUAUCGAAGUAUACGUACAUGUACGAAACUACGAUGUUCCUCGCCCGUCGACACCCCUCGACGCACCCUUCUACACGGGCUGUCAGAGCCCCGUCCUAAACACGACCGCACGCGAGUCCGCUGUACUCGUAAUGCUGGCGCGCAACUCGGAAGUUAAGGGCGCAAUUUCCAGCAUUCGAAGCGUCCAAGAACAGUUCAACGAUAACUUUGGGUAUCCAUGGGUUUUUCUGAACGACGAAGAGUGGACGGAGGAUUUCAAGAUUAAGGUGGGCAAAGCAGUAGGAAAAGACACGGAAGUGAAGUUCGAGGUCAUUCCAAAAGAGAUGUGGGGAUAUCCCGAGUGGAUCGACCAAGUGCGCGCGAGAAGCAGCAUGCAAUCCAUGAAAAACCGGGGUAUACAGUAUGGAGGACAAGAAAGCUAUCACCACAUGUGCCGCUUUCAGUCUGGGUAUGUCAAACAAGCCAACCCCAUCUCAAGAACGGCGCACUGA